GCAUGGCGGGCGCUAAGAGUAACAUGGAAAUUAAAGAUAUGAGCUCAAAUCAGCAACCGGGGCAAGGAGCCCAGGGACAAUUCUUUAUACCGUACGCGGUUUACAACAAUCAAAAUAGACCUGUGGGGCCUGGAGGUCCUAUGAAUGAAAAUAGCAUGCAACAGCAAUCCUACUUUAACAUAGAGGCUUCUGGAGGUUUUCCUAGCGGAAGAAUAUUUCCUGGUUUACCCUUGACAUUUUCCCCUCAAGCUCCCCCCUUAUUAGGACCCAUGGGUGGUGAAACAGCACCAACGUCUACGAUUGUAUUUUCGACAGAUCCUCAUCUCUCAUCGACGACUACUACAACUACAGGGAUCGCGGAAGUGAAGUUAGACGGAAAUAAGAUGACGAUAUCCACGAAUGUUUCCCCAUUUACCCCCGAUAAAUUGGAAGUGAAGGCGGCCGAUAAUAAAAUUACGAUUAAGGCCGCGGCCCAAGAAGAAAAGGACCAAUCAGGAUACAUAAGAACCAAAGAGUUUCAUAGGCAAUAUCUGAUUCCAAUGGGAUGCGACCCAGAAAAAAUGAAAUGCUCCUACGAGAAUGGAGUCUUGAAAAUUAAGGUAGUGAUCCCGGAAAGGUGCGAAAAACUUUUACCCAUAGAGAUGGAUGGCGGGAUGUGUCCAAUAAAGCAAACAGGGCCCAGUCAACAAAGACUCUACCAGCAGACACCGCAACAAAAUGUGCAGCGACCUUUCAAAUGA